GGUAGUAAAGUUGCAUACAAAACUUGGCAAACCCAUUCCUUCAACUGAACCAAAUGUGGUUAUCCAGGCUACUACUUCAACAUCUGCAUCUGCUUUGAAACCAACUGCCUCUGCUUCAAAUAUAGCAACUAGCAGCAGUACUGUGACCUCCUCUGCUGCAUCCUCUGCAGUGAAAAUUCUUACUCCCAUGGCAAAUGCACCACUUAACAUUGUGUCCAACAACAAAACAUCUUCAACUGCUGCUAAUAUAGCUGUAAAGAAAAUAUCUACACCAAAAAUAAACUUUGUUGGCAAGUACAGAAGUGGUAAUAAACUUCAGGCAACAGGAAGUAAACUGGAGGAAAUGAAAUCAGCUGAAAGUAUUAAAACAACUGCUACUACAGUAAAAACACAGGAAGUAAAACCAGACACAGCAGCUGAACCCAUGACUCCUACAACUCUUGCAGCCUUGCAAAGUGAUGUCCAGCCAGUGGGCCAUGACUAUGUGGAGGAGGUAAGAAAUGAUGAAGGAAAGGUGAUCCGCUUUCACUGUAAACUUUGUGAAUGCAGUUUUAAUGAUCCUAAUGCCAAGGAGAUGCACUUAAAAGGGAGGCGUCACAGACUUCAGUAUAAGGUUGGUAGAAAUGCUAAUACUUUUAUGUGAAAAUCUACCAGAUGUCAGCUGACUGAUUACAUGUUGUACUGGGUUUCUGUGUCCA